AUGCAUAGGCUUGAGGGCUUGCUGGUUGCUUUCAACUUAAAGAAGAUGCUCUUGGAUCAUUGCACCAAAAAUGAUAUCCCAGUAAGCAAGGUAUUGCAAGCAAUAACUGCAAAGGAAUGUCAAGAGGCAUACGAUUACAAUUACUUAGCGACACUUGGAGAUUCUUUUCUAAAAUACAUUGUUAGUCAACAGCUUUUCAAGACCCAUCAAAACGAUCGAGAGGGUGCUCUUUCCAAACGCAAGGACAAACUCAUUUCCAAUCAAGCCUUGUCUGAUUUUGGUUUAACCAUAAACCUUCCGGGAUUCAUUCGAAAGGAAGCAUUUGAUAAAAAGAAGUGGGACAUCCCGGGCGUUAAGUCAAGGAGUCUCUUGCUAAAAGAAGAGUUGGUUUCAAUGUAUAUUGGUAGAACGAGAAAAAUGAAGUUGAAAAUUAUUGCUGAUGUUGUUGAGGCACUAAUUGGUGCCUUUAUAAUCACAAAGGAUGAAGAAGCUGCUUUAUCGUUUAUUAACUGGAUUGGCAUCCAGGUUGACACCAACAUUAUGCCAUAUGAGAAGCACAUUAGCAUUGACCCCAUGAAUCUUGUAGAUGUCAAAUUUUUGGAAUCCCAGCUAAAUUACGAGUUUAAAGACCCUUACCUUUUAGUAGAGGCUCUCACCCAUAGUUCUUGCAAACAACCAGAAAUUCAGACAUGUUAUGAGCGAUUAGAAUUUCUUGGCGACGCAGUGUUGGACUAUGUCAUCACGAUGUAUUUCUACAAGGAAUAUUCUAAUGACAUGUACUCAUCGGAAUUUGUCACUACCAUGAGGUCUAUUUCUGUGAACAAUGAGUGCUACGCAUUGUCAACCAUUAAAGCUAAGCUGCACGAACACAUACUCCGUGACCGGGUCGUAGGAAAUCAAAUUGCGGAGACAAUGAAAGGUGUUGAAAAUUUAUCUUUGGAAUCAACUUUUGGAUGGGAGCUAGAAACAUAUUUCUGUCAGGUGCUUGCAGACGUUAUUGAGUCUAUAGCAGGAGCCAUUUUUGUUGAUUCAGGGUACAAGAAGGAGGUUGUUUUCGAAAGAAUAAAACCCCUUUUGGAACCCCUUGUUACACCUGAAACAGCGAGGCGACAUCCUAUUAGUGAGUUGCAAGAACUAUGCCAGAAAAAUCACUACAAAAUGACAGAGGACCUUCCUAUCCGUCACAACGAUGACACUUUGGUUAAAAUUGAGGUGAAAGCAAACGGGAUCACUUACAAGCACACUGGCAAAGCGUCUAACAAGGAUACAGCUCGCAAAGUGGCCUCCAAGGAAGUUUUAAAACAAAUGAAGUCAGACCAUCUUACCUUGACUCCGACGUGCAUCAUAUCUUCCACCUUGAUUCAGAAACCCAUACGCACCAUUCCAUUCAUUUGA